AGUAUCCCUAGUUACUGUUGCUAAGGCUGCGGGUCGCAGAGGGUGGUGGGAAUAAGAAGUUUUGGAAGCCAGGCCUGAGCGAGAGGCCAAGGGUCAGUCAGAGCAGGGGAGGAGAUGGUGAAGGAGACUAUCCAGAUUUUCGCGAGGUUAAAGCCCCCUUCCCGGAAGCACCAACAAGGGGUAUGCGCUGAGCAGCUGGGCACCGGCGAGAUUUAUUCUAUAGAUGAAGAUGAAAAAUUAACACCUAGCUUGGAAAUUAUCUUACCACGUGAUUUGGCAGAUGGAUUUGUGAAUAAUAAGCGAGAAAGCUACAGAUUUAAAUUUCAAAGGAUUUUUGAUCAUGAUGCAAAGCAAGAGAUCAUUUUUGAAAACAUUGCCAAACCAGUCGCUGAGAGUGUCCUGGCAGGUUACAACAGUACCAUCUUUGCAUAUGGGCAGACAGGAAGUGGCAAGACCUUCACCAUCACAGGUGGGGCUGAGCGCUACAGUGACAGAGGCAUUAUCCCACGGACGUUGUCGUACAUUUUCGAACAGUUACAAAAGGACAGCAGCAAAAUGUAUACAACACACAUUUCCUAUUUGGAAAUCUACAACGAAUGUGGUUACGAUCUAUUGGAUCCAAGACACGAAGCCUCCAGAUUGGAAGAUUUGCCGAAAGUGACAAUUUUGGAGGACCCUGAUCAGAACAUUCACCUGAAAAACCUGUCUCUCCAUCAGGCAACGACAGAAGAAGAAGCUCUGAAUUUGUUGUUCUUAGGAGAUACCAACAGAAUGAUUGCAGAGACGCCUAUGAACCAGGCUUCAACCCGUUCCCACUGCAUCUUCACUGUUCAUUUAUCAAGCAAGGAGCCGGGAUCUGCAACCGUCCGACACUCCAAGCUCCACCUGGUCGACCUGGCCGGUUCCGAGCGAGUUGCCAAGAGUGGAGUCAGGGGCCAACUUCUGACGGAGGCCAAGUACAUCAACUUGUCCCUGCAUUACUUAGAGCAGGUCAUCAUUGCCCUUUCAGAGAGGAACCGCUUGCACAUUCCUUACAGGAACUCCAUGAUGACCAGCGUCCUCAGGGACAGCUUGGGGGGGAACUGCAUGACCACCAUGAUUGCAACACUCUCCUUGGAGAAAAGGAACAUUGAGGAGUCCAUAUCUACCUGCAGAUUCGCACAGCGAGUGGCGCUCAUAAAGAAUGAAGCAGUCCUUAAUGAAGAAAUUGAUCCCAGAUUGGUGAUUAUCUGCCUGCAGAAGGAAAUCCAGGAACUGAAGGACGAACUGGCCAUUGUCACCGGGGAGCAGAGGACAGAGGCGCUUACAGAAGAGGAACUCCUGCAGCUGGAAAAACUAAUGACAUCCUUUUUGGAAGACCAGGAUCCAGAGAGUAGACUAGAGGUUGGCGCUGAUAUGCGUAAAAUUCAUCACUGUUUUCAUCAUUUAAAGAGACUUGUGAAUGACAAGAAGACCCUUGGGAAGAGUACAGGCCCCUCUGAAACCAAAAACCAAGACUGCCAGGAACCCUUGAGAGAGGAAGAAUACAGAAAGCUCCAGGACAUACUGAAGCAGAGAGACAAUGAAAUCAAUAUUCUAGUCAACAUGUUAAAAAAGGAAAAGAAGAAAACUCAAGAUGCCGGCCUCUUAUCUAGCAUGGAUAGAAGUGAAAUCAGAUCCUCGCAGGGCUCGCCCUUCCCCUCUGGGAACCCACAGGAAGGACAGAGGACGUCGUCGUCUUUGGUUCCAGCACAGGCCCAGGACUUCGGCGCUUCCCGGUACAGAUCCAGCUUGCUGCACAAGAAAACAGGGAUGAGAGGGGAAAUGUCAUUAGGAUGCCAGGAGGCUUUUGAAAUCUUCAAGAGGGACCACGCUGACAGCGUUACCAUCGAUGACAACAAACAGAUUCUGAAACAGAGAUUUUCUGAAGCAAAAGCCCUGGGAGAAAGUAUAAAUGAAGCAAGAAGGAAAAUCGGUCACUUGAAGGACGCCAUCACACAGCGGCACAUGCAGCAGGUGGCCCUCGGAAUCUCAGAAAACACGGCCGUGCCCGGGGUACCAGACCCACAGGAGGAGGAGCUCCGACUGCAGCUGGAGGAAGAAAAAAAGAGGUACAGAACAAAGUUCACACGCCUCAAAGCCCUGAAGGUGGAGAUCGAGCACCUGCAGCUGCUCAUGGACAGAGCCAAGGUCAAGCUGCAGAAAGACUUUGAAGCCUGGUGGGCAGCAGAGGCCAGCAGCCUGCAGCAGGUGCAUUCUCCAGCGGCAAAUCCACUGGGUCCAGUGAAGCCUUUUCCCCAGACCUCUGAGUCCCAGCAGGACCGGUCCCAGCUUCCGUCUAACAGAAGGGACCUGACCGGCAGGAACACCCCGCCCACACCGUGCCCCAGCCCAGUCGGCCGGGAACAGUGCAGCCCCAGCACCCGGCCGGAGGUCAGCAUCUCUGAGAGGCCGACGUCGUCCAUCCCUCUCACCGGAGACAGCCAGACAGACUCCGACAUCCUGGCGUUCAUCAGGGCCAGACAGAGCAUUCUGCAGAGGAAAUGCCUGGGGAGCAACUGACUUUCCAAUGAGAGGUGAGAGUCUAGCCACCGUGCUGCCGUGGAGAGCAAAGGCCCUGCCCCUCACUUGGGACUUUGGAAGUGACCUGGGAGCGCUGGGAGCAGCUGGUGAAUUUGAAUCUGGGGGAGCAGCCUCCUGCCAAUGGAGUGGUCCGUCCUUCCUGUGGCUGCGGGAGCUGCUGGCCAGGCCAGGUGGUGCCAGGAGCUGGGGCGGGAGGAGCUUCAGCUCACUGUUUCGGUGCUGUUCCGUGUACAUAGCGAGCAGCCUCAGAAUGCAGUGCGGGCUAACGAUUGGGGUCUUCACCAUUUACCUGCCCCUGCCCGCCACCCCCUGGUGGAGGAGCCCAAGAGGCACUGUGCCAGGUAGGGCAGGACUUCAGAGCCCUGCCAGGCGGCCACAAGGGGCAUUGUGAGGGCCUCGCCCGAUCUCCCAGCCCAACCUCCACGGUCACCCUCUGCCUGGAUGACCUGCAGCAGCUCUGAGCCAGCUGUGUCCCCGAAGCCAGGCACCCUGUGGACACCGCAGCAGCAGAGGACAGCGGGCAGCUCCCGAGAGCUGUGCAGAGAGGGUAGGGUGGCACCUCAGGCCUCAACUUCUCCCCAACCACUCAGGGCUCUGCCUGGCAGCAGCCCAGCACCUGCCCACAGGGAAACAGAGCCGCAGGCACUGGCUCGGCAACUUGGGGACUCGGGUCCCGAGGGUGGGCACUAGGCCUCCAGGAGGCUUUGGACAGCUGCUGCAGGCAUGGGGUCCCCUGGGAGCAGUUGGGGUGGGUCGUGGAGGGUGGAGAAGGGUGGCCCUGAAUAUGAGGGCAGCUGAAUAAAGGCACUUGUGCAGUGGUCCCCGUGUCUGCCCUGUAUCACAGGACCUGGGGCCCCCAGAGGCAGAGUGAGUAGCAUGGUACAGUUUGGUUUUUUCCUAUUUAGGACUAGGUAAAAGGAUCAUGCAGGAGAAGAUGAAAUCUUACCGUCUCAAAGCUAGGCAGGCCCAGCGAGCUCCUCUAAUCCACAGCCCAG